GGUUGUGCAGGAGGAACCCCGAGCUGUCAGGGCGGGCGUCCUGCUCGGUGCCCGCCACCCCGCGCGCCGCCUGCACUAUGGCCGCCCCGCCGCAGCUGCGGACUCUGCUCCUUGCGAUCAACGCACUGUUGCGCAAGCGCCGCUACCACGCAGCGUUGUCCAUGCUUAAGGGCUUCCGGAACGGGGCUGUCUAUGGAGCCAAAAUCCGGGCCCCUCACGCACUGGUCAUGACCUUUCUCUUCCGGAGUGGCAGCCUCCGGGAGAAGCUGUGGGCAAUCCUGCAGGCCACGUACACUCACUCCCGGAACCUGGCCAGCUUUGUGUUCACUUACAAGGGACUCUGCGCCCUGCAGUCCCACCUCCAGGGCGAGACCUACCAGGUGCACUCAUUCCUGGCUGCCUUCCUUGGGGGCGUCCUGGUGUUUGGAAACAACAAUAACAUCAACAGCCAGAUCAACAUGUACCUGAUGUCACGCCUCCUGUUUGCCCUGUGCCGCCUGGGCGUGGGGAAGGGCUACAUCCCUGAGCCCAGGUGGGACCCGUUCCCGUUGUUCACCGGGUUACUGUGGGGGCUGGUGCUGUGGCUCUUCGAGUACCACCGGCCCACGCUGCAGCCCUCUCUGCAGUCCUCCAUGACCUACCUGUACGAGGACAGCAACGUGUGGCACGACCUCUCGGACUUCCUCAUCUACAGCAAGAGGCGCCCCUCCGAGUAACUUGGCCCCAAGGUGCUCAUGGAGGCUCCCGCACCCAAGUCACCAUCGGCGGGCUCAGCUCAAGAUUGGCUCCAUCAGCGAAUCAUCCCAGGGGAUCCGGCCGUUUCAAGACCCGGGGUCUCAGACUCUAACUUUUAUUAGCCCGGGGCUCCAUUUGCCGAAGUGAAAGCACUGAUUUUCAGACCCCAUUAGGUACUCUUGAAUGGUGGAACGAGCUGCCAGAUCAGGCUGAGGAGCCUUGGGCGUGGUGACAGCUGUGCUGCUGACUCUGUGAGACCAGGGAAAGUCACACCCCACCCUGGGCCUCAGGGGUCAUCGCACUCAGAGGAGGGCACUGAAGUCUCUUUCUGGUGGGUAUGUUUUCCGACCGUUCUUCUGGAACAGAGGGCUCCUGGCUGGUGGGUAGUGGGUUGCAAAUGCGUUUUUAGAAAAUAUUCAGUUCCUCGUCUUAGGUGUUCUACUGGAGAAGCUCUAGCGUUUCCACUGUCCAGUAGAAACACGAUGUGAGUCAUAUACGUGAUUGAAAUUUUUUUAGUAGCCACAUUUUUUAAAAAGUGGAGGGAAUUCCCUGGCGGUCCAGUGGUUAGGACUCUGAGCUUUCACUGCCAAGGGCCCGGGUUCAAUCCCUGGUUGGGGAACUAAGAUCCCACAAGUCGUGGGGUGUGGCCAAAAAAAGCGGGGGGGAGAAGCAGGUGAGAUUAACCUUAAUCAUAUCUUUUAACCCAGUAUUUCUAAAAUAUUAUCAUUUUAACAUGUAAUAAAUGUAAAAGUUACUGAGAUAUUUUACAUUCUUUUUUCUUGUAGUAAGUCAUCAAAAUCAGGUGUGUGUUUUACACUUACAGCAUUUCUCAAUUUCAACCAGCCACAUUUCAAGUGCUUAUUACUAGCCACAUGUGGCUAGUGGCUACUGUUUUAGAUAGCACAGAUAAUAUGCUCUACCCUCGCAGAAAAUUCUAGUGGACAGUGCAGAUAUAGAGCUAGAAGACAUGGGUUUGAGUCCCCACUCCACCACUGUGUAACCUUGGGGAAGUUUCUUAACUUCUCAGAGGCUCAGUUUCUAGUAAAGUGAGGGUAAUCAUAGUAGUACCUGGUGUCCACAUUGGACUUGUGUAACUACAACGGCUGCCUCUACUAAUUACAUCCAUGUAGUGAGCUCCUACUUCCUCUUGGGUGCUUUGCACUAAUUAUUUUUAUCCCAUUCAGAGACCUUGCAGGUAUGUAUUUUGAUCUCCAUUUCACAGAUGUGGAAACUGAGGAUCAGAGAAGAGAAGUAACUUGCCCAAGGUAAUACAACUAAUAGUAUGACAGCCAAACCAGGGUUUGAACCCAGAUCUAUAUGAUUUCAAAGCUCAUGUUUUUUUAGUGCCUUACUUUAAAUUUAGAAACCUAAACUAUGCUAUGCAAAUGUUAGCUAGUUAUAGGGGUGCAAACUCAAAUGCCUAUAGGGGCCUGACAAGUGGUAUAAAUGAUAAUGUUCUGGGUGCUAUGCAGUUGGGAGUGACAGGGACGUGGGGAACUGGAGACUCGUGUGCCAGACUGAUUUUUGAAAACCACCAAGCUUGACAGAUCAAACAGUUCUUCAGGAGAUUUGGUCCAUGGACCACCAAUUUGAAUAGGCAUACUUCAGUCUUUUUUUAUAUUUUGAAAAUUAUGGACUUCCCUGGUGGCGCGGUGGUUAAGAAUCCGCCUGCCAAUGCAGGGGACACGGGGUCGAGUCCUGGUCCGGGAAGAUCCCACAUGCAGCAGAGCAGCUAAGCCCGUGCACCACAACUACUGAGCCUGUGCUCUAGAGCCCGUAAGCCACAACUACCGAGCCCAUGCGCCACAAUUGCUGAAGCCCGCGCACCUAGAGCCCCUGCUCUGCAACAAGAGAAGCCACCGCCAUGAGAAGCCCACGCACCGCUACUAGAGAAAGCCCUCGUGCAGCAAUGAAGACCCAAAGCAGCCAAAAGUUAAUUAAUUUUUAAAAAAGAAAAAAGAAAAUUACUAGUAGAAAUAUCCACGUGAGUCACUGACCUUAUUAAAAUGCAGAUUCUGAUUCAGUGGGGUUGGGGUGGGGCGUGAGAUUUCUGUAUUUCUCGCAGG